UAUUAUUUUUCUUGAAUUCUUUUACGUUAUUUUGUUGUUAAAUGGAUCUUUACAGUUCAUUUCUCCGUCAUGGGGGCCUUCCUUUUCUUAGCUACCGUUAGUGAUAAGCACGCCUGACAGGCAACUAAUCAUCACUCCCCCGCCAAGCACACACUCGCACGUAUUUCCUCUCUCUCUUACAGCGAAAAAUUCUUUCUUUUUUCUUCUUAAUUUGAGACUUAUCUUUUCUUGUUUAAAAAAAAAAUUGUUUUUUAAGUGGUAUUGUUAAUUGAGCUUAAUGGUGUGACUAGAUUAGAUCUAAUUUGGGCCAGCUUCAAAAUUAUUACCUCAAGAUUAUAAGGUAAUUAAGUUAAUGACUGUCGAAGGUCUUGCUAAUCUAGUUUCAAUUCAAAGUUGAGAAAAGACUACUUUGAAGAAGCCAGUCAGAAUGUCCAUUUCAUUGAGAAAUUUGGAUCCAGCUUUUCAAGGGGCUGGACAGAAGGCUGGAACUGAGAUAUGGCGAAUUGAAAAAUUCAAUCCUGUCCCAGUCCCAAAGUCUUCAUAUGGCAAAUUUUUUACCGGAGAUUCCUAUGUGAUUUUGAAGACCACUGCUUCGAAAAGUGGUGCCAUUCAUCAUGAUAUUCACUAUUGGCUUGGUAAAGAUACUAGUCAAGAUGAAGCCAGCACUGCAGCCAUUAAAACUAUUGAACUAGAUGCAACUCUUGGGGGGCGUGCUGUUCAAUAUCGUGAACCACAAGGUCAAGAAACUGAGAGGUUCCUUUCUUAUUUUAAGCCCUGUAUAAUACCUCAAGAAGGUGGAGUUGCAUCAGGCUUCAAGCAUGCUGAGGAUGAAGAGCACAAGACCCGUUUGUUUGUAUGCAAAGGAAAGCAUGUUGUUCAAGUGAAAGAGGUGCCUUUUGUUCGAUCUUCACUCAAUCACGAUGAUAUUUUUAUUCUUGAUACCAAGUCUAAAAUCUUCCAAUUCAACGGUUCCAACUCUACCAUUCAAGAGAGGGCUAAAGCACUAGAAGUUGUUCAGUACAUUAAAGAUACUUAUCACGGCGGCAAAUGUGAGAUAGCGGCUAUUGAGGAUGGGAAAUUAAUGGCUGAUGCUGAAACUGGAGAAUUUUGGGGUUUGUUUGGUGGCUUUGCUCCACUUCCAAGGAAAACAGCCACCAAUGAGACCGAAUUUACUGAUACUGUUCCUAGCAAGCUUUUAUGUGUUGAGAAAGGACAGAUGCAAUCUGUUGAGGCUGAUUCUUUGACAAGGAAGUUGUUAGACACAUAUAAAUGCUAUAUUCUAGACUGUGGGGCAGAAGUCUUUGUAUGGACGGGGAGAAAUACUUCUCUUGACCAAAGGAAAAUUGCAAGUGAAGCUGCUGAUGAAUUACUGGCUACUGCUGAUAGACCUAAAGCUCGUAUAAUCCGUUUAAUUGAGGGAUUUGAAACAAUUACUUUCCGCUCGAAGUUUGAUUUUUGGCACCAAUCAACAAAUGUGGCAGUAACUGAGGAGGGCAGAGGGAAGGUUGCAGCACUUCUAAAGCGCCAAGGGCUUAACGUGAAGGGCCUUUUGAAAGCUGAAUCUCCCAAGGAAGAAACUCAACUUUAUAUAGACUGCACGGGCAAUUUGCAGGUUUGGCGAGUGAAUGGUAAAGGGAAGACUCUUCUUCUGGCGUCCGAUCAGUCAAAGUUUUACAGUGGGGAUUGUUAUAUCUUUCACUAUUCGUAUCCCGGCGAAGAAGUAGAGGAACAUCUCAUUGGGACAUGGUGGGGGAAGCAAAGUUCUGAGAGAGAUAGAGUCUCAGCAACUUCACAGGCAAGCAAGAUGGUUGAGUCAUUGAAGUUCUUACCUACUCAGACUCGCAUCCAUGAAGGAAAGGAACCGAUCCAGUUCUUCGCCAUAUUUCAGAGUUUUAUCGUCUUCAAGGGUGGUCUCAGUGAAGGUUACAAGCAAUACAUAUCAGAGAAGGAACUUGAAGAUGAUACAUAUAAAGAGGAUGGACUUGCAUUAUUUCGUGUUCAAGGUAGUGGACCUGAUAAUAUGCAAGCAAUUCAAGUUGAGCCGGUGGCAUCAUCUUUGAAUUCCUCUUACUGUUACAUACUCCACAAUGGUUCCUCUGUGUUUUCCUGGUCCGGAAACCUUACAACAUCUGAAGACCAGGAACUUGUUGAGAGGCAGCUGGAUCUUAUAAAGCCUGAUAUGCAAUCCAGACUGCAGAAAGAAGGUGCAGAAUCUGAGCAGUUCUGGGAUUUGUUAGGUGGAAAAUCUGAAUACCCAAGCCAGAAAAUUGCAAGAGAUGCUGAAAGUGAUCCUCAUCUAUUCUCAUGCAAUUUCUCAAAGGGAGGUUUGAAGGCGACUGAAAUACACAAUUUCAACCAAGAUGAUCUAAUGACUGAAGAUGUAUUCAUUCUUGACUGUCACUCGGAUAUUUAUGUGUGGGUUGGGCAACAGGUUGAACCCAAGAAUAAGCACAAUGCUUUGGAUAUUGGAGAGAAAUUUUUGGAGAGUGAUUUUCUAAUGGAGAAAUUAUCUCUCCAAGCUCCAAUAUAUAUUGUUAUGGAAGGCAGUGAGCCAACUUUUUUUACUCGCUUUUUCACUUGGGACUCUUCAAAAUCUUCAAUGCAUGGGAAUUCUUUCCAAAGAAAACUUGCUAUUCUCAAAAAUGGGGCUACUGCGCUGUUAGAAAAACCCAGAAGGAGAGUAAUACCUAUCUCAUCUGGAAGGUCUGCUGCACCUGAGAAAUCACAGCGUUCGAGAAGCGUGUCUUUUAGCCCUGACAGAGUUCGUGUGAGGGGAAGAUCUCCUGCAUUCAAUGCUCUGGCAGCGACUUUUGAGAACCCAAAUGCGAGAAACCUUUCGACCCCUCCUCCGAUGGUAAGAAAACUUUACCCAAAAUCUGUGACCCCGGAUUCAGCGAAAUUGGCCUCCUCCAGAGCAGCAUCUAUAUCAAAAAUAAGUGCAACUUUUGAACGACCUGCACCAGCACGAGAAACCCUUAUACCCCGUUCUCUUAAAGUGAGCCCUGAGGUACCCAAAACCAAACCAGAGACGAUCUCUAGGGAGAACUCCGCCAGCAAACCUAAACCUGUGACUAUAGAGGAAGAUGUAAAAGAGGGCGAAGUUGAAGAUGAGGAAGGGCUCACAGUAUACCCAUAUGAACGCCUUAAAAUAACAUCGACAGAUCCAGUAAAAGAAAUUGAUGUGACCAAAAGAGAGACUUAUUUGUCUUCAGAAGAGUUCAAGGAGAAAUUUGGGAUGGCUAAGAGUGCUUUCUACAAGCUGCCAAAAUGGAAGCAGAAUAAGCUUAAAAUGGCACUUCAGUUGUUCUGAGUCCUCUAUUAGUAUCGGGUUCUAUCUCAGUUGCUCAAGUCUAGAUUACAACAAAGAGAAAGCACGCUUGCAAUGGAUUUUCUUGCUGUAUUUGCUGAAUGCAACUGCUUCAAUCAAAAAUCGAUUUGCGUAUGCUUUUUCAAAAUGUGAAGGGACCAAUUUCUCCUAGUAAGGGACAGCCUCAGUGCAUUUUUAGCUGCUUCUGCCCCCAAGAAGCUCAUUUCCAUAAAUCGCGAAGUUUGGAUACAUAGGCUUUUUUUUUCUUUUUUUUUUUCUUGAAGAGUUAGUUGCAUGAUAUUCUUUUUUAUCACGGGUUUUUGAGAGCUUGCUUUGUUUUUGUUUUUGUUUUUGUUUUUGUUUUUGUUUUUGUUUUUUGUUUUUGUCGUUUUUUGUGCUUUUGCUUUCAACAUUGAUUUAGCAGAUGUCUGGAAGUGCAGAUAUUUUAGGUUCUUCAGUACUAUGAGGAUGCAAAGUGUAUACAGGAUCAUUGUUUAACCAUCCGAUGAAACUCUGAACUUUAUAUGCUCCAUUAGUAUUUAGUACAA